CUUGGGUGGUCGGGCAGCUGAGGGAGAGGAUAAGAAGUGUACCAUCCAACGGUUUCUCUCAGUACAAACAUGAUAGUCCAAACUGGAGGGUGAGUUCUGUUUCAAAGAAAGCAGUAACAUUCUAAUUGAGGACUGUCUCAACACUACAGAAAGUUUAUGCAGGUAAGAGACGGUGACAUGGAACUCCAACUCCUUGUGCUUCACACCAGAGAAGGAGAGAGAAAGGAGAGAAGAGAGAAAAUAAAGAGAGUGCCAAGUUCUGCAAUGUUUGUGGUGCUUACAUCACCAAUGUAUUUGAAUAUGUCUUGCAUGGCCAGAGGAAUGACCCCUGGUUCAGGUCCACUCCCUGUCAUGGUGUGGGUCUUCCCACUGGAUGUUUGCCCGUAGGCAAACACAGUUCCUAAGAACAGAG